GUCAGAGGAAUCACGAGGAGCAGCUGUUGCCAGACGCUACAACCAACUGUUCCUGAUUUCAGUUUGAAAGUUCACAUCCACGAAUCCAACAUGAUCCCUGCGCUUGUAAUUUUCUUGGCCCUCCUGUCCUGUUCCAGAUACACCGUGUCUGAAGAAUUUUAUUCGGAAAUCAUAAGCAAUUCGCAAGGCAUCUCCAACAUGUAUCGCUGGCGCCCGUACAACGUGUUUUUCGUUGGAGACCACUUCUACAUGCCACUGCGAUACCCUUCGCCGAAGCAGCUCAACAACACUGUGCGACCGAACGACUUUUAUCUCUACGCACAGAGUCUGUUGAACAUGAUGACAUUUAAAUUUGAAAGGGAGAGGAACUGCCUUCUCAAAUUCAAGGUAUCAGGCACGUAUGUGUUUGGACUGCCAGAAGAAGAACUGUACCUUCCCAAGAGAAGUUCAGACAGGUACUCACCUCCACCUGACCUUAAAAUUGUCGACCCGGAUCUAUGGCAGUUCAUCAGGGAGCAUCCUCAGGCGAUGGUUGCCGACAUCAUAGUUGUGCUAACAGGGAACCUGCUGACGGAGCAUGCCUUCACCUCAUAUUAUAUUAACAGUGAGUACUAUGCCAGGAUGUGCACGGAAUAUAAAACUGUCGUCCUCUUCGACUACCCGUUCAGCUACGGGGUAUAUCAAGACCUGUUUGUGGCACUGGAGAAGCUCAUUGGAGGGAGGAAUAAUGGUUCGUUUAGGACGGAUUGCCAACGGUACAGGGUUAACUACAAAGACGCACUAGACGGUAAGCAGGAAAGGAAAUGUUACGGCACGAGCAGCACCUGCUGCAUGCCCAGUUUCUUUGGCGUCUACGACUUCCGCGUGGAAGAAUUCUGCCGCCACCAUCGCCACCUGUACCCAGAUCUCCUGAGUUCUAUGAACGUCGCACGUGGAGGUUGCGGUAUUCGUUGCAAGGUUUACAUCGACUACGGUUAUAAUGUACGGAAGUUUGAUGGUCCGCCGGGAGUCGUGUGCGGGAACGGCUCUGAUCUAUGGGAGGCGAGACAUAUUUGCCCCGAUUUCGAUGCCAACAUCGCUACAACUGAUGAGCCUUACCUCCAGUACGAGGAAUUUCAAAACGUCAUCUACACUGCAUGGCGUGUGGACAGCUUCGACGCUUCUAAGAAAGACGAUGAGAUCUGCAUGACGACAGAUAGCAACAAGCGAAGAUAUCGGUACCGCUACUAACUGCAGCGCUGAAGAGACCUUCAUUAUCUGCUUGCAAUAAAGCAUUGUGCAUCUUA